AGUAUAAGGAGGUGGUGUGGGUUGGUAAAUGAUGGUUUAAAGGAUGAAAAUUUUUAAAGAUAGAGAAAAUUAAUGAUGGCCUUGAAUUCUGAUUGCGGUAAAAGGUGGUGGGGGGUUAAAAUUAUCAUUGUAAAGGUAAUUUUUUUUUUAAUGUAUAUGAGAGUAAAUUCGUAAAUAUAUUUUAUUUUACGGGCGUUAGUUAGAGAUUUGAGGGCGGUAUUUAACAACCCCUUUAUUUUCCGCGCUUUUACGACACCAUCACACGCAUACUCUCGAGCAUACUCAUUACCGGAAAACCCUGUCGUCUUCUCGCAUCACCACUGUAACGUCUUAGUAGCAGAGGAGAGACAAAAAUGGUGAAGGUACGUAUGAACACGGCCGAUGUAGCCGCCGAAGUGAAAUGCCUUCGAAACUUGAUUGGUAUGCGAUGUUCCAAUAUUUACGACAUCUCUCCCAAGACUUAUAUGUUCAAGUUGAUGAAUAGUAGUGGAAUUACAGAAUCUGGGGAGAGUGAGAAGGUUUUGUUGUUGAUUGAAAGUGGUGUUAGGUUGCAUACAACUGAAUACGUCCGGGAUAAGAGUAAUACACCAUCUGGGUUUACUCUAAAAUUGAGGAAGCAUAUUCGCACUAAAAGGCUUGAAGAUGUCAGGCAGCUUGGGUAUGAUAGGAUUAUUGUUUUCCAGUUUGGAUUGGGUGCCCAUGCGUACUACAUCAUAUUGGAGCUUUAUGCUCAAGGAAACAUUAUUCUUACUGAUCCAGAUUACACUGUCUUGACUCUUCUUCGGUCUCAUAGAGAUGAUGAUAAAGGUUUUGCAAUCAUGUCGCGGCACCGAUACCCAAUUGAAUCGUGUCGAAAAUUUGAACGAAGCUCCCGCAUCAAGCUGAAGGAAGCUCUUGCAGCUUCAUAUGAUCAGGGUGGUGAAGAUGAGGAAAUCAAAGCUGCCAAAGAUGGAGGCACAGUUUUAGACACAUCAAAAGUAAAACAAAGUGCUAAAAAGGGUGGAAAAGUUCCUGAUUCGAACAAGACUGGAAAUGAUGGCUCUCGUGCAAAACAGCGAACUUUGAAGAUAGUCCUUGGAGAGGGAUUAGGCUAUGGUCCUCAGCUGUCUGAACAUAUUAUAUUGGAUGCAGGUUUGGCACCAAGCAUGAAAAUUUCUAAAGAUAACAAGCUGGAUGAGGAUAUAGUUGAAAUUUUGGGCCAAGCUGUGAGCAGGUUUGAGGAUUGGCUCGAGGAUGUUAUACAUGGAACUAAAGUUCCUGAAGGAUACAUACUAAUGCAAGCAAUGAAACCAGGGGGAAAGGACUGUGUUACCUCAAAGCCAGAGAGUUCCAGCAAGAUAUAUGAUGAAUAUUGCCCUAUUUUACUAAAUCAAUUCAAAUCACGUGAUUGUUUGAAGUUUGAAACAUUUGAUGCAGCUUUGGAUGAAUUCUACAGUAAGAUUGAGAGUCAGAGAUCUGAGCAGCAGCAAAAAGCAAAAGAAGGAUCUGCUAUGCAAAAGCUCGAUAAAAUACGCAUGGAUCAGGAAAAUCGUGUGGUCACUUUGAGAAAAGAAGUUGAGCAUUCUGUUAGAAUGGCACAAUUGAUUGAAUAUAACUUGGAGGAUGUUGAUGCUGCUAUCUUGGCUGUCCGUGUCGCUCUAGCAAAUGGUAUGAAUUGGGAAGAUCUUGCACGUAUGGUGAAGCAAGAAAAAAAAUCUGGAAAUCCAGUGGCUGGUUUAAUUGACAAGCUCUAUUUGGAAAAGAACUGCAUGACGCUUCUGUUGAGCAAUAAUCUUGAUGAGAUGGAUGAUGAUGAAAAGACAUUUCCAGCAGAUAAGGUAGAAGUUGAUUUAUCCCUCUCAGCGCAUGGUAAUGCUCGUCGGUGGUAUGACAUGAAAAAAAAACAAGAGAACAAACAGGACAAGACUAUUACCGCUCAUGAAAAGGCUUUUAAAGCAGCUGAGAGAAAAACACGUCUCCAGCUCUCAAAGGAAAAAGCAGUCGCCACAAUAUCUCAUAUGCGUAAAGUCCAUUGGUUUGAGAAAUUCAAUUGGUUCAUCAGCAGUGAAAACUAUUUGGUUAUCAGUGGACGUGAUGCUCAGCAAAAUGAGAUGAUUGUUAAGCGUUAUAUGUCAAAAGGGGAUUUGUAUGUGCAUGCUGAUAUGCAUGGAGCUUCAAGUACUAUAAUAAAGAAUCACAAGCCGGAGCCCAGUCCCCCCUUGACAUUGAAUCAAGCUGGAAGUUAUACUGUUUGCCUCAGUAAGGCAUGGGACUCAAAAAUUGUUACUAGUGCUUGGUGGGUCUACCCUCACCAAGUCAGUAAAUCUGCUCCGACGGGAGAAUAUCUUACAGUGGGAAGUUUCAUGAUACGUGGAAAGAAGAAUUUUCUUCCUCCCCAUCCUCUUAUAAUGGGUUUUGGUAUGUUGUUCCGUGUGGAUGAAAGUUCUUUAGGAUUGCAUUUAAAUGAAAGACGAGUUAGAGGUGAGGAUGAGGCAUCAAAUGCUCUCCAAGAAAAUGGGAACGUGGAAAUAUCUGACUCUGACUCAGAUAGUGUAGCUACAGAGCACAAUUUAGAGAAAGAUAAUGAUAGGAGCAUAACUUCAGAACUCUUAGAAGGAUCAUUGAGCCAUAGUUCUGCUCAAGAUGACAGUAUAUCCUAUCCCAAAACAGAAGUUCUAGAAGAAUCUGGAAUUAAGAGUAAUUCUCCUUCUCCAGUACAUGAUUCUGAAGGAAAGAAAAAUUCUGCUGUUUCAGUUCAACUAGAGGAUCUCAUUGAUAGAGCUCUUGAGCUUGGAUCUGGUGCUGUCUCUGGUAGAAGUUAUGAACAGACUUCGCAACUUACUAAAUCUGAAGAAUUAAAAACUCAAGAGAAAACAGUAUCUAUCAAAGAGAAACCUCAUAUUUCCAAAGCUGAGAGGAGGAAAUUAAAGAAAGGCCAGAAAAUUGAUGAUGAACAGACAAUUGAUGUGCAAGGAGAAGUAGAUGAAGGUCAUUCUUCAACCAUUAAGUCUGAAAACAAAAAUUUAUCUGCUGCUGGUGGAAAAAUUGCUCGUGGUAAGAGGGGUAAGCUUAAAAAGAUGAAGGAGAAAUAUGCAGACCAGGAUGAGGAAGAAAGGAGCAUUCGAAUGACUCUACUUGCGUCCGCUGGAAAGGCACUGGAUGACAAGAAUGAAAAUGAUGCCCAAGAUCAAAAUAUGGCAACAAGCACAAGAAAGGAACUUCAUGGCGGCUCAGAAGAUGUUCUGAAACUAUGCUAUAAGUGUAAGAAGCCUGGUCAUCUCUCUCGUGAAUGCCCAGAACUGUUUGAAGGUAUAUCACAUGAGCAUAAGAAUGGGAAGCUUGAGAAUCCUGAUGAAGAUUCAGCUAUUGCUGCUUCUGAGAUGGAACAGUUGGCAAUGGAGGAGGACGAUAUACAUGAGAUAGGUGAAGAAGAAAAAGGGAAGCUUAAUGAUGUGGAUUAUUUGACUGGUAACCCACUACCGAAUGAUGUUCUUUUAUAUGCUGUGCCUGUCUGUGGUCCAUGUAAUGCAUUGCAAACGUACAAAUACCGAGUGAAGAUAGUUCCCGGCACGGCAAAGAAAGGAAAAGCUGCAAAAACUGCGAUGAAUUUGUUUAAUUACAUGCCUGAAGCAUCCAGCCGAGAGAAGGAGCUCAUGAAAGCAUGUACUGAUCCUGAACUGGUUGCGGCUAUGAUUGGAAACUCAAAGAUUACUGCUGCGGGCUUAAGUCAAUUGAAGCAGAAGCAAAAGAAAGGAAAGAAAGCUGCUAGCAAAGCCGGAGGCUAGCUCCAUCUGUCAAUCUGGAGAUUACUGCUGAGGCUGUCCUACAAUGGCCACAUGAAUCUUGUUUUGUACAGAAAGCUGCACUUUAGUUUUGCUGUCAUAGAAUUUACUCCUGCCUUUUAACAGCCAUUUCACAGGGUUGAGAAACUGACUAUACAAACUCAGAAAUUCUUACAUACUUCAACUUCGCUCAUAAUCAUAGAGGAUCUCUUGUGGAGCUUUACAUGAACUUUGUUGAGCCUGCAACACAACCAGGCAUUCAGUGAAAAUUUUGAAAGGAUAGAAUCAGCUAGGUGAUGGGAAUAUGGUAAAAGUACUAUAGAAAUUAUACAAGGAUACAUGAAUUUGGAACUUGAUGGAGUAACCUAAGACAUAAAUAAGAGCCUACUACUAUGUAACAAUGUAAAUGCGGGAGUCAUGAUAUUUCUAUGUCGGCAAUUCAGCGAACUCUAAAACUUUGUUGAAACUUGAAACUAACCAACUCGAGUUCUUUCAUAGUUAGUUGAACUUCAACUUCGUUAAUA